AUGGCGCUUCAACCAAUUUCACCGACUUGGUAUCGCUCUUCUUCUUCUUCUUCUCUGCAUUUUCACUUUUUCCAAUCCCAAUCUCAAACCAAAGCCAUUUUCAAAUUCUCACUUUCUUGUUCCAACAAGACAACUCAUGUCGAAAUUAAGGUUGUUAACAAGAAAAACAAAAACAACUCCAAACCAAGUUUCACCGACAAAAUUCGAGGUAAAUGGUCCCUCAGAUUACCUUCCCAAACAGAUAAAUUUCCAUGGCAACAACCACAACAAGAACCAGAACCAGAACCAGAACCAGAGGAAGAACCACAACCACAAUCCAAUAAGAAUGAUUCUUCAACGAGUCUGAAUUUUGAGUUUCCAAAGCGUUUAUCUCCUUGGCUUGUAGCAGGAAACCCUAAACACCCACAGCUUGAUUCUGAAACCGGUGCUUCCAAUGACAUUGAAGAAAGUGAGAAGCCGUUACAGAAAAUUUCUGGUGGUUCUGUUGUGGAAAGACAAGUUCAAGAAUCAGAAAAUGGUGGUUUGAAGAAAAGAAGAAGCAAUACUGAGUUGGCGGAGAGGUUGAUUCCUGAACAUGAGUUGAAGAGGCUCAGAAACGUUGCGUUGAGAAUGGUGAAGAGGUUCAGUGUUGGAGUUGCUGGUAUCACUCAGGAAUUGGUGGAUUCUAUUCAUGAAAAAUGGAAGGUUGAUGAAGUUGUUAAGUUCAAGUUUGAUUCUCCUCUUUCUGCUAACAUGAAAAGGGCUCAUCAAAUUCUUGAGAGUAAAACUGGAGGUAUUGUGGUAUGGCGAUCGGGCAGUUCCAUAGUGUUAUAUCGAGGAAUGUCCUACAAGCUACCCUGCGUAGAAUCCUACACAAAAGUACGUGAUGCUAAGGAGAAUGCUAUGGAUAAUUCAGUGGAUGUCGGAAGUGGAAGCAGUGCUCAAGUAAAAGUGAAAGAAAUAGUUGUACCUAUAGAAUCAUUUAAUCGAGACUCGGCAGUGUAUAUGAAGGACAUGAGUGAAAAAGAAUCCAUGGAAUUGAUCGAACUCAACCAUUUGUUAGAUGAAUUGGGUCCGCGCUUCAAAGAUUGGACAGGCCGUGAGCCUUUACCUGUUGAUGCAGACCAGUUACCUGCUGUGGUUCCAGGGUAUAAAACACCGUUCAGACUUCUUCCAUAUGGGGUGAAACCUUGCUUAUCCAACAAGGAAAUGACUGUGAUGCGUAGGAUUGCUAGAAGAACGGCUCCGCAUUUUGCCCUCGGAAGAAAUAGAGAACUGCAAGGUCUGGCUAGAGCUAUAGUAAAGCUGUGGGAAACAAGUGCUCUUGCGAAAAUAGCCAUCAAACGUGGUGUUCCCUUUACAUCUAAUGAUAGAAUGGCAGAAGUACUCAAGAAACUGACUGGCGGAACUCUACUUUCUAGAAAUAAGGAGUAUAUUGUAAUUUAUAGGGGUAAUGACUUCUUGCCUCCAGUUGUUACCAAAACCCUGACCGAGAGAGAGAAACUAACUGUUCUCCAACAAGACGAGGAAGAAAAAGCACGACAAAAGGCUUCAUCUAUUACUAUAUCAAAUAGCAAAUCUUCUCGAAUGCCAUUAUUUGCUGGUACCCUUGCCGAGAGUAGGGCAGCAACUGCCAACUGGGGACACCAACCGUGUACUCAAGAAGUUGAGAAAAUGAUGAGAGAAUCUACCUUAGAUAGACUUUCUUCUUUAAUCAAAAGUCACGAGAAAAAACUAGCUCUAGCAAAAACAAAGUUCAGGAAGGCUGAGAAGGAUUUAGUCAAAAUACAGGGUGAUUACAAUGCAGCAGACCUUCCAACUGAUUUGGAGACUCUAACUAAUGAAGAGAGAUUUUUGUUUAGGAAGAUUGGUUUGAGUAUGAAGCCAUACUUACUUUUAGGGAAGCGAGAUGUUUAUGCUGGCACCAUAGAAAAUAUGCAUCUACACUGGAAAUAUCGUGAGUUGGUGAAGAUACUUGUAAAAGGAAAAAAUUUAGCCCAAGUUAAGCACAUUGCGAUAUCUUUGGAAGCUGAGAGUGGUGGGGUGCUGGUAUCUGUAGACAAAGAUACCAAAGGCCAUAUAAUAAUUAUUUAUCGUGGAAAGAACUACUUCCGGCCACAGGUUAUGAGGCCCAAAAGCUUGUUGACACGACGACAAGCAUUGGCUCGGUCUAUGGAGCUUCAAAGGCGGGAGGCACUAAAACAUCAUAUAUCAGAUUUACAGGAGAUGAUUGGCUUGCUCAAAUCUGAACUUGAAGAUAUGAAAAAUGAAAAGGUGUUUGAUGGUGACAAAACUCUUCACUCAACACUGGACAACAACCCUGUAUCGAGAAGUUAA